CAUACUUUUGUUGAAAGAAACACAUUGCUGCAUAACUUGUAGGGUAUCAUCGAAUAGACGCCUACAAGUCAAGGUUUAGGAGGCCCGUAGCCAUCUUUCUUAAUGGCACAAGUACCGUUGUUUGCUAAGUCGCAAAAGAGCAAGGGACACUACCAAAUACGAAGAUGAUGAAUAUUAAUUUGGGUCUAACCCCAUUGAUCCCCGUGGCGAUGCCUGAUAAACUUCAACUACAUACAAUGUAUACAACUUUUGGAAGGCAGCUCAGCUCCAGUCUUGAUUGACAACUGGCCAUGGUCUCACUUUUAAAUAGGCCGCUAACGGAGCAGCUAUAAAAUACGCAAACGUAACGGACGAAUGCCUUAGUUGAACUGUAACAAAGAGACGAAAGGAAAAAAGCACGUAAAAAUUAUGUUGAACUUGGCGUUGAGUUGGCUGUGCGUCACCAUCGUUUGGUCAGUUGGCAUACGCGGCGAAGUGAUUUUAAGUCAAGAGGAUUACAACAAGACCUGGAUCUAUAUGCCCAAUGGCGAUGGCAAUCCAGAAGUGGCAUAUCUAGUCGAGCCGCCGCCAGAGGAUCGCAUUAGUUUGCCUCAAUUGAUAAAGUUCGAAUAUUAUGGCAGCGAUGCCCCCAAUGAUAUGAUCAGUUCUAAUUUCUGGAUUGAUGAAAACGAUUUUGAGCGAGCUCGUCAUAAACGCGACACCUGGCAGGAAAUGGCCGAAAAGUUCGACCCAAAGCUGGACACCAAAAUUUUGGUGCAUGGCUGGAAAUCGAGCACCAUGAGCAACUCCAUACAGUCUAUACGAGGAGCGUAUAUCCAGCGUGGGCAGGUGAAUGUCUUCGCCAUCAACUGGAGGGAUCAGGCAGAUAAUAUCUACUAUUUGACACCGGCUCGAUACACUGUGCAAGUGGGUCGGGCAGUGGCCAAGUUGAUUGAUCUGUUGGUCGAGGAAAAGAAUGCGGAUCCACAGCGCAUUCAUUUAAUUGGCCAUAGUUUGGGCGCACAUAUCAUGGGCUAUGCCGGUUCUUAUACAAAAUAUCGUGUUAGCCGCAUAACCGGACUGGAUCCAGCCCGGCCUGCCUUUGAGGAUUGCAUUGGGCCAGAGAAUCAUUUAGAUGAUACAGAUGCCAAUUUUGUGGAUGUCAUACAUAGCUGUGCGGGCUAUUUGGGCUUUCGUAAGCCCAUUGGCAUGGUGGACUUUUACCCAAAUGGUGGAGGACCCCCACAGCCGGGUUGCACAGAGAUCUCUCAGAUCUUCACCGGUUGCAGUCACGGUCGCUCCUAUGAGUACUUUGCGGAGUCCAUAAAUAGUGUCAAGGGCUUCUAUGGCGUGCCCUGUAGUACUUUGGGUGAGCUGAAGGGCAAGAACUGUACCGGCAGCAAGAUUUUAAUGGGAGAUCCAGUUCCUAGGGAGGCGCGUGGUAUAUAUUUGGUUAAAACAGCCAAAAAGCCUGCUUUCGCACUUGGUAUUGACGACUUACUGCCCAAGGACUCUGAUGAGGAAACUAACUAAUUUAUAAUUUUUUUUAUUUUUCAUUAUUUAUAAACUUAAAUUCAAGC